AUGCCCACAACUCCCGGCACCUCAGCUACGGUAUUACCACCACCACCACGACCACGCGCACCACUACCGGCGUCUCAAACCAAAAAAUACGCUACUAGACUAGAGACAACACGAUACAGCAACAGUAGCCGAAGAAACUUCACAAAAAAGCUAGCUACUGCGCUGCAGCGUAGACUAGUGUGUGCUAGUGCCCGCCGCCGGCACGUAACGCAACGCGACGGACGCAGUUUAGUGAUGCUUAGUGCGAAGUGGGGGAGAGAGGACGCACUGCGGUGGAUACCACGAGGACGAGGAUACUGGGAGGAGCAAGGGAAAGAAAGACUGCAGGAAUGGGAUUUGGAUGCAUUGGGGAAUGAGAGACGACAGAUUGGGGGCGGAUGUUACCAGGAGCAGGGGGACAGGAAGACAGAGGUUGGAUUGGACGGUUGGACAGGUGGACGUCGCUGUGGAUCCGGAUUGGAGCGACAGCUGUUCAUCACAACGAGCAAACGAUUGAAACAACUCGAAACAAUGAGCUAA